AUAUGUCGUGUUUUUAGAGUUGUCCGUGAUCCUCUUUGUAAAAAUACUAUUUUUCGUAGAUUAAUUGAUAGAUUUUGCGUAUAAAAGUUGUAAUUGAGAUUAAAUAAAGUGAUUAAAUAGUGAUGUGAAGAGUUUAACGGCGUGUAUUACUUCCUAUCGUGUUAAAAUUGUGUAGCGUCACCUGACUGAGCUCAUUGUCAUUUCCCGCCAUUUGCUUUGCUAACUUUUAUGUUUUUAUUGAAUAUUGGUCGAGUAGAGUCCUUUGUUUUAGUGUAAUUUGUGCUCAAGUUAUGUCAUUAGAUAGUAAUGAUGCUUGUUUGUUAGAAGUGGAAGAUUACAACUUAUACGAAGAAGACGCGCCAGAUCACGCUAUCCCAAGAAGUGACAGACACUCAUUAUCUGGCGGAAAGACUAUGGAGGCAGAAAAAAGAAUCAGGCGAGAGAUUGCAAACAGCAACGAACGCAGACGCAUGCAAAGCAUUAAUGCUGGUUUUCAGGCUUUGCGAACUCUAUUACCUAGACAUGAAGGAGAAAAACUUAGCAAGGCUGCCAUACUGCAACAAACAGCUGAGUACAUCUACUCCCUUGAACAGGAAAAGACCAGACUUUUGUCACAGAACUGUCAAUUAAAGAGAUUAUUGAACCAACAUGAAGGGGGUGAAAUACCAUUAAAGAAAAGAAAGAAUGAGAUCAUAACACAUGUUCCCUCAAUAGUCCCAGACUCAACUGAGGACACUAUUAACACAAGAUCUGCUGAUACUGUAGCAAUGGUUACAGUUUCAAAUUUACUACAAAAGAAGGAACCUGAUAAUGGGGAGCUGCUGAUUCAAUUGGAAAGGGAGAGGCAAUUAAGACGGUUACUUGAAGAACGUUUGAGUGCUUUAGAAGUUCAGAUUUACCCUGAAUCAAGAGAAGUCACUCAUGCUGUUUUGCACUAUGAAGAAACCGAAGCUUCCGAGUGUAAGACAGAGGAAAAAGAGGUUGAGUCACCGCAAGUAGUUGAAGCUCCAACAGCACCUCUACUGGAAGCUGCUAUCAAAGCAGAGCCGCGUGUUGAAGUUGAGGUUCUUCCUGAUGCUGCUCAUGACCAACCUUCCCGUUUGUACCUGGCUAGUACAAGUCGGCAGAAUCUUGAAACAAUAGUGGAAGCUAUCCGCCAUUUAGAAGGAGACCAUCUGUUCCGUGAGGAGACGGGUGACGCUCCGCUCGCGCUCACCAAGAAGGUCGAGAUCACUCCACCACAGAGGCCAGGCGUCAUCGUCGUCAAACACUCGUGAGUGCAUUGAACUAGUCCCUCGGUUUAAUUUUGCUUCCAGUGGAAGAGUACUCCUUAUCCUCCUCGAAUAUUUUUAGUUAUUAGCGUUAAGUUGUCUUUUCCAAAGUGACAAAUUGAUAAGUCUGUGUUUUGUUAAUUUUCUUUUUACAAAGUAAAGGAAUGAAUUAAGUAUAGGGAAUCAGGACAUAGUUUGGCGCUGUGCUUAGUUAAGUCUCAAAUAUCUUUAUUGUAUUUCACUUUGUGUUGUUGCAGGCUUAUUCUUAUUGUUAGGUAGAAGAUUCGACUGACUUAUGUAUAUCAUACUUAUAAGUUUUGAAACAGUUGAUGCCAGUUAGCUGCAUGCCAAUAUGUCCAAUUAAUGACAUAAUUAAUAAUUUAAAUCAAAUUGUUAUAAAGGACCUUUAAAGCAAUUAAUAUUUUUCCUAAAAUUGCAGCAAUAUAUAAAAUUAGAACUUAUUUUUAAGCUCUUGAAAUAUUCAGCAUUUUUAAUGUUAUUAUAUAAUAUUGUAGGCAUAUGGCAUUGCAGUUUUCUCAUUUUAUAUUAUAGUAGAUAAAUUUCACCGUUAAACAUACAUAUUAGGUAAAAUGAUAUUACUUUCCAGUGUAAUGUGACUCAACCCCAGUGUUUUAUUUAAAUAUUACAUUUUUUUUCAAUAUCUAUGAGCAUUCCAGGCCUCGCACUAAACUGAAGAUAUAAUGCUAAUGUUUUAGAAAAUAAUUCUGAUAUUGUUAAAACUAAUAAGUGAACCUCUUUUGUAACGUUCUACCCAAUUAGUGUAAUAAUUAGCCUAGUAUUGAGAAUUUUGGCUAUAGCUUAAAAUAAGGUGAUUUAAUCAUCUUCUGUAUUUCUGAAAUUUUAAUGUCAUGCUUGUAACAAUAUGUUUUAGAAUUAGUAAGUGCGGGUUGCUUGAUAAUUUAAAGAUGAUGAUUUUCUAUAAAUACUUUUUGCUUCAAUGUGAUGUAAUUUUUUGUUGAAGUCUAACCAGCAGUGCUUUUUGUUUGUAACUCUUGUAAGUUGUAAUGUUUAAAUGUACUUGUGUUUUAAGUUUGACUCAGCAACAGAGUGAUAAACAAUAUAUUUGUAAUGAAGUGUGGUCCUGUUGACGGGAUCAUAUCUAUUUGAAGACUGAUCAUUAAUUCAUAAUUAAGUUUCGCUAGUUGGAUCCAUCAUGUUGUGUGUUGUGUGUGUGUUACAUAUGUGUGUGUACAGUUUGCAAUUUGUAUGAAAAUACGUCAGUUUUACACAGAUUGUUGAAUAGGAUUUACAUUUUAAGUAAUCUGACAAUCUCUCUAACUCUGAUGGAUUUUAUAUUUUUUGUACAAUUUUCAUUUGUUUACAAUGUAAACUUCUAAAUUUGGCUCUUAUUUGUCUCAUUACAACAAUGCUUUCAAGGCAUCAAGUAUUUAUAUGUAUAUUGAAAUGUCCUUGCAUACAUUUUCGUAUGCUGUAAUCUUGCGGUCUAAUCGGGAACAUAUAAUUUCCACUCUGUUUCUGAGUCUAUAGUAAUAAGACGUCGUCUGCCUACCGCCUUUACAUUAUGUCAUUAUAAGAUUAUGUAUCAUAAUUGACUUGGUUAUACUAUUAGUGUAGUCAAAAUAUCUAGGUAUAAGAGAUUUAAGUCAAAGAAAGCAAGUUAAAUUGUUUAAAUUGUGUUAUUAUUUAUGUCUUAAAGUAUUAAAAUGGUUAUUUCUUAUUAAUUAGUUUGUAAAUGACGAUAAUCAGUAUAUUCUUUAUAACAAUAAUCUGACCAAUAGAAUUCUUUUUUUUUACAUUGCUAAAAAGCACUAUUGUACUAAAAUACACUUAGUAUUUAACUAAUGCAACUUACUCUUUGUAAUUUUUAAUAUCUGUAGGGUCAUAGAUGGUAAUAAUAAUGAAUCUAAUGUUUUAUUUGUUUUUCUUAUCAUGAAAUUUUAAUUUUUCUACACUCUAUCGAAGUGAAGUUUUAAUACCUUUAUUAUUGUAGUGUACAUGUUAUCUUGGUAGUCCACACCACAUGUCAUUUACAGUUUGGGUUUUGCUACUCAUAUAAAUGUUAUGUUAAGAAAUCUUGUUUCUGUUUAGAGAGCCCUUACAAGUUAGUGAUAGUGAGAAGAUACAGUUAUGAGUCCCACAAAAUAAUAUUUUGCUCUAUUUUCACCCUAUCACUAACAGGCUCAGUUCCUAUACAUUAUAGAUAGUAAUUAUGUAAUUUUUACAGUUUGUAUUUAGGAUACUAAUGAUAAAGUGUAGAAAACGACGCAUGGAUGUUUCCUUUUUGAUAUGAAAUUGAUAAAGAUAUUUCCUCUGAUUUAAAUUGUCCCACAUUUGACCUAAAUUUACGAAUAUUUAUAAAAU